AUGAACGCACCAGCUGCAUUUGAAUCUUUUCUUCUUUUUGACGGGGAGAAAAAAGUUGUUGUCGAAAAGGAUACGAAGGUACCUAACGCUGCCAUCUUCACCUUCAACAAAGAAGACCAUACUUUGGGAAAUCUGUUGAAGAAGUACGUUUUGAUUUUAUUAAUUGAAUUUGUAUUUAGUCAGCUUUUGAAAAACCCUCAAGUGCUCUUUGCUGGCUAUCGGAACCCCCAUCCUUUGGAACACAAGUUUGUUCUCAGAAUCCAGACGACGGCGGACAAUUCUCCACAUAACGUGUUAAUCGAGGCCAUAAACGAUUUACUGGCCGAGUUAUCUGUAUUAGAUGAGAGAUUUAAUGUAAGUUGUGAAGACAAAGGUAAUUUAUUGUUUUACUUUUAGGAAUGUAUUCGUGACGCUAGAAACGAAUAA